CCGGCCUUAAAAUAAUACAAAAAUAAGAACGGUCCAGCCUAGACGUUUUUAUAAAAAAAUUUACUGAAAAGAAUAAUUAUGACGUCAUUCACGAAGAACCAUCAUAUCGUACUAUUUACUAAAGCGCGUCUGUCUCUGGGACUCUGCAACUCACAGUUAACUAAGUGUCAAGAUGGUUGUCCGUGUAAUUAUUGUGCUCACGAACCACAAGGAUGGGGGGCCAGGCUGGAAGACCGGCUGGUAUCUGCCUGAGGCUGCUCACCCGUAUCAUGUAUUCAAGCAGAAUGGCUACCAAGUCACCUUUGCUAGUCCUCUUGGAGGGGAUGCACCCAUGGACCCUGGUAGCUACCAGGAUUGGAAGGAUAAAGAUGACGCUUGUCGUGAAUUCUGCAAAAUGUGUAAGAUCAAUGGGGAUGACAUCAAUCUUCCCAACACUGUUGCACUUGAAUGCCUGAGGCCUGAAAUGUAUGACAUCAUGGUGUGUGCCGGUGGCCAUGGCCCAAUGUGGGACUUCCCCGACUUCCAGGGUGCUGGCAAACCAGAGCGCAAAUCUGUUGUCAACAAGUACAUGGCUGCUAUUUAUGAGAAAGGGGGAAUUGUUUCUGCUGUCUGCCAUGGGCCUGCAGGCAUUGUUGACACCAAGCUGUCUAAUGGUGAAUAUCUGGUCAAGGGGAAGGAAGUCACUUGUUUCACUAACGAUGAAGAAGAUGCCAUUGAUAAAAGCAAGCUGAUGCCGUUUAUGCUGGAGACUCGCCUUAUAGAGCAUGGAGCAAAGUUCAAGAGGGCCAAAAAUUGGGAAUGCAUGGUUUGUGUUGAUAAUCGUGUGGUCACUGGACAAAACCCAGCUUCUGCUUCGCCCAUGGGUGAAGCAAUUGUUAAGCUGCAAAAAGCGAAGGAGUGAGAUUGAACUUAUGGGUUUGAAGGAUAAGGAGACAUUUUCAAUCAGUAAACCUUCCAAUCCAGUCAUUGUAUGCAUUUUUCAUAGGUUCUUUCUCUUCAGUGGAAUAUGUAGAUAAUGUUAGACUUGAACUUUUGACUUCUAUAUGUAUCAUUCAUAUAUAUCCUUCAAUAUGUGUUUGAAAAAUAUGUUUUGAAUGUUAUGUAGACAUCAUUUUUGAGUAUUAGAAAACAUUUACGAAAA